GACACAACUGUGUCUCGACUUCAACAAACUUCCAACUUGGGUCAUUUUCUUCGCAGAUUUCGUCAAAAGGACAGGAGGGGCGGGAAAACGGAGGCGUUUUUCUCUUUUUCUUUUGCUUUGUGCGACUAAAAAUCACAACCGAGUUGAGUGACGACUCUCCACCGGAGCUCCGUCGCGAGGGGAACUGUACUCGCGGUGAAAGUUUGGAGGGAUGCUGGGACCGCGCGCGCUGCUGCGCACCGUGCUGUGCGCGCUGAGCUGCGCGUCGUGGCUGCUGGCGCAGCGCCUCAAGAGCCCCGCUCUGCCCAUCCAGUCCGAGAGGGAGCCGCUGCCCUCCAAGGGGCUCUCAGGAUGCUCGUUUGGAGGUCGCUUCUACUCCCUGGACGACACAUGGCACCCAGACCUGGGGGAGCCCUUCGGCAUCAUGCACUGCGUCCAGUGCUUCUGUGAGUCGCAAAAGGGCCGUCGCGGGAAAGUGCUCGGCAAGGUGAACUGCAGGAACAUCAAGCAGGACUGUCCCGAUCCCGACUGUGAGGAUCCCGUCCUGCUGCCGGGGGACUGCUGCAAGACGUGUCCUCAAGAUGCCGUUGAGAAAAAGCAGACCGAGGCCGUGCUGGAAACCUUCGACUAUUUCCACGAGAAGAGCAAGGAGGGAGACCUCCACAAGUCCUACAAUGACAGGUCGUACCUGAGCUCUGAGGACCUCGGCCCCGCAGAGAGCCGCACUGACUUUGUUGCGGUGUUGACCGGAGUGACAGACUCCAGCGGCGUCGCCAGGGCCCGCUUCGCCCUGACCAGGACCAGCCUGGCCUUCUCCAUCACGUACAAGAGAAUGAGCCGACCCAACAAGAUCGUCUUCCUGGACUCGGAGGGAAACGCAGUUUUCGAGCAGAAAAUCCCAAAGGGGCAAUCUGACAUGGUCUGCGGGGUGUGGAAGAACGUGGCCAAGCCGCUCCUCCGGCAGCUGCAGGCCGAGCAGAUGCAGGUCGGCAUGAGCGCCUCGGCGGGCCGGCGAGACGAAACCAGGGGGAAGAUCAUCAAGCACCGGGCGCUGUUUGCUGAGACGUUCAGCUCCAUCCUCACGUCGGAGGAGGCAAACUCGGGCAUGGGGGGGAUCGCCAUGCUGACCAUGAGCGACGCGGAGAACAACCUUCACUUCAUCCUCCUUCUGCAAGGCCUCAUCAAAAGCAAAGAUCCUCUUGUGGUGCCCAUCCGAGUCCAGCUCAUGUACCGCCACCACGUCCUGAGAGAGAUCCGAGCCAACAUCACCUCUCACAAUCCCGACUUCGCCGAGGUGCUGACCAACCUGAACAGCCGCGAGCUGUUCUGGCUGUCUCGCGGUCAGCUGGAGAUCGCCGUGGCAACCGAGGAGCAGCCUCCCAAGAAGAUCUCGGGCUUCAUCGCCGGCAGAAAGUCCUGCGACACUAUCCAGAGUGUGAUGUCCAGCGGCGAGGCGUUGACCCCGGGGAAGACGGGAGGCGUGGGAUCCGCCGUCUUUUACCUCCACGACAACGGCACUCUGGACUUCCAGGUCCAGGUGGCCGGUCUCAGCAGUGACGUCGUGGGCGUGACCAUCGAGCUGAAGCCGCGGCGUCGAAACAAGCGCUCCGUCCUGUACGACCUGACUCCGGAGUACAGCAGGACCAGCGGGCAGGCGGCGGGCAGCUGGAGCCGCCUGGAGGCCCGACACAUCCACAUGCUGCUGCAGAACGAGCUCUUCGUCAACGUGGCCACCAUGCACAGCCUGGAGGGCGAGCUGCGCGGCCAGAUCAGGGCUCUGCACUACAGUGGCCUGGAAGCGCCCAGACACGAGCUGCCCACCCCCCUCGCCGGCCAGUUUGUGUCCCCUCCGGUACGAACCGGUUCCUCCGGCCAUGCCUGGGUGUCACUGGACAAACAGUGCCACCUCCAUUACGAGAUUGUCGUCUCAGGCCUGAGCAAAACCGACGACGUGACGGUGAACGCGCACCUCCACGGGCUGGCUGAGAUCGUGGAGCUGGACGACAGCAGCACGCCGCACAAGAGGCUGCUGACCGGCUUCUACGGCUCGCAGGCGCAGGGCGUGUUGAAGGACAUUAGCAGUGAGUUACUGACACACCUGGAUCAGGGAACGGCCUACAUCCAGGUCAGCACCAAGCUGAACCCUCGAGGAGAGAUCCGAGGACGGGUCCACGUCCCCAACAGCUGUGGCUUCGGGACCCGAGACGAGGCCGAGGAGGCCGAUUUGGACGAUCUUUUGGCGAAGGACCCCGAGGAACUGAAGAAAGACCCCAACACGUGCUUCUUCGAGAACCAGCACAAGGCCCACGGCGCCCGCUGGACGCCCAACUACGACAGGUGUUUCUCCUGCAGCUGCCAGAAGCGAACAGUCAUCUGCGACCCGGUCAUCUGUCCCGCGUUGACCUGCUCCCGGACCGUUCAGCCGGAGGAUCAGUGCUGCCCCGUCUGCGAUGAGAGGAAGGAGCCCAAGGACAUGAAAGCUCCAGAGAAGGUGGAGGAGAAUCCUGAAGGUUGUUACUUUGAAGGAGACCAGAAGAUGCACGCCCCGGGAACCACAUGGCAUCCCUUUGUUCCUCCUUUCGGCUACAUUAAAUGUGCCAUCUGCACUUGUAAGGGAUCGACAGGAGAGGUUCACUGCGAGAAGGUGACGUGUCCGCUGCUGACCUGCAGUCACCCGGUGAGACGGAAUCCUUCCGACUGCUGCAAGGAGUGUCCGGAGGAGGACCGCGGCGCCCCGGGCCUGGAGCACGGCGACAUGAUGCAGGCCGACAGCCCCAGGCACUGCAAGUUCGGCAAGAACUUCUACCAGAACAGCGAGACCUGGCACCCCUGGGUGCCCAUGGUGGGCGAGAUGAAGUGCAUCAACUGCUGGUGUGACCACGGUGUGACCAAGUGUCAGAGGAAGCAGUGUCCCACGCUGACCUGCUCCAACAUGACACGCACUGACGGCUCCUGCUGUCCCGAAUGUAUCGACGUGAUUGACGGCGCCGAGCUGACGGCGAAGGCUCCUGACAAAAAGCGGACCUGGAGGCACUGAACCCCAGACCUUCCUCCUCCUGCCCCUCCCUCCUCUUCCUCCUUCCUGAGGGCCCCGAACCCAGAGCUGCACACUGGGGUCUUCCUCCUCCUCCUCCUCCUCCUCCUCCUCCGCCUCCCUCCUUCUUCACCCACCCUGUUAUCAGCUUCAGGAUUGUACCGAGGACAGAAGAGCAGAGACCGGGAGGCCGGCCCGGGCCCGGCGGAGCCGUCGCGCGACUUUGAGCCGCUCCUCGACGGGACUCUUUAUCCGGGCGCGGCGUGCGGGCGAGGUCACGCGGGUCAGCGUGCCUUUCGACAGGGCUUCUCAUGGAAGCGCGGCCAGAGCUACUGCGGGACGCAUCGCUGUGCGAAUGUGUGCGAGUUGCAGGUGUGAGUGUGUGAAUAUUUGUGUGUGUUUUUGAUUUGUUUUUGUUUUUUUAUAUAUAUAUAUGAGCAGUGAGGAGUUCACUUCCUGUCCGGUCUGCAGAGGUGUGAGCAUCUCCUCCGUAUGAGUUCUUCCUGGUUUUUCUAUUGACUUGAUGGGCCGUUUCUGAACAUGAGGCUGGUUUGAAUUUUGUAUUUAUUAAACGGUAUGCGAAGUGAAUAAAAGAGGACACU